ACCAAUAUGGCGGACGUAACCAAAACUUUGUGAUAAUAACGCAAUAAUAACUCACAAUAACCUGGAAUAAAUAACACUUUUUGUGAAUAUUGAUACGAAUUCCCAAUAGAUCGGGUCGAAAACUAGCUAGAUUUUACAAUUAUGUUAAAGUAGAAAGGCGUGAUCUGUCAGGAAACGCCUAGUUUUCCAAGAGUUGUGUGUGUUGUUGACAUUGUGUAUUUUCCAGUGCAUGAGUGUGUGUUCAUUCCCUGCAUCUACUGUGCAAUGAUUACAUGGAUGGAUUAGGCUAUGUCAUGAAAUGGCUUCGUUCGUAACGUCCCUCCACGGCACAUUUGGAUCUGAUUGAAAACCAGAUAUCUAUUUUUGACUUUCAUUGGAAAGAAUGCUACGAGUGAUCAUUUAUUGAGAGGCCUAAAGACAAGCACAUCAAGAAAAAUGGCACUGCACCAGCAGGGUUCGAAUAAGGUAGACCCAGAAACCAAAUUUACCAAAUUAGAUAAAAUUGGUAAAGGUUCAUUCGGCGAGGUCUACAAAGGAAUCGACAAACAAACACAGCAAGUUCUCGCCAUAAAAAUAAUCGACUUGGAAGAAGCCGAGGAUGAAAUUGAAGAUAUCCAGCAGGAGAUAAUGGUGCUAUCACAGUGUGACAGUCCGUUUGUUACGAAGUAUUAUGGUUCAUAUCUUAAGGGCACCAAAUUAUGGAUAAUAAUGGAAUACCUCGGUGGUGGGUCAGCUUUAGACUUGAUGAAGCCAGGACCUUUCGAUGAACAGUACAUAGCUAUCAUAUUAAGAGAAAUAUUGAAAGGUCUUGACUACCUUCAUUCGGAGAAGAAACUCCACAGAGAUAUAAAAGCUGCAAAUGUGUUAUUAUCUGAAGCAGGAGACGUGAAGCUUGCCGAUUUUGGUGUUGCUGGUCAACUCACAAGUACAACCAACUUCCGACGGACCUUUGUUGGUACGCCAUUCUGGAUGGCCCCCGAGGUCAUCAAACAGGCAGCCUAUGAUACCAAGGCCGAUAUCUGGAGUCUUGGUAUCACGGCAAUAGAACUAGCAAAGGGUGAACCGCCCAACUCUGACCUCCAUCCAAUGCGGGUUUUAUUUUUGAUCCCCAAAAAUAAUCCGCCUCAAUUAACGGGUAAUUAUAGCAAGACCUUCAAGGACUUCGUAGAGUGUUGUUUGAAUAAGGAUCCAGAAAACAGACCGACAGCAAAAGAAUUACUCAAGCAUCCAUUUAUCAGGAGAGGCAAAAAGACGGCAUAUUUACAAGAAUUAACAGAUAAAUUCAAACGCUGGAAGAUUAAUCAUAAAGAAAGGGAUGGGGAGAGCAGCGAUAGUGAUAUAGAUGAUGAUGAAAAUGAAAGUGGUGAUAACGUCAAUCAGGACUCCUGGGUAUUCGGCGGGACGGUACGGAACACAAGUAUUCAGUUAACAAAUAUAGAUGACCAAUCAAAUGAUGACCGGAGGGCGGAGAACGGCGACUUAUCUAAUCGCAGAGAUAACACAGACGACAAAAAACCAAAGGAAGGAAAAAAGAGGAAAAAAUCCAGCGAGACUGAAAAAAGUUCAGAGGCGCCACCUAUUAUCAGAAAGGAAAGCGGUGGUAAAAAGGAUGAAAUCGUGAAGCCACCGCGGGCAGCGCCACCCCCUCCUCCACCGCCUGUGCCCACAGCCAAUUCCGACGCGCCAGUCGUGACUGAUGGCCCGAGUGAUGUGGAGGAGAGCUCUGGUUCAAGACCUAGUCGUCAAGCCCAGCCAGAUAAUGAUACAGCCGCCCAAAGCCUCCCGUCAUCCCUGUCCAAUACCAUUAUGCCAAUAAUACAAGAGUUGAAGGAACGGCACCGCACAUCACACACGACCCAACAGAGUGACGCAAUAGAAGAAUUGAACGUGGCAUUUCAAUUGGUUGAGAAGUCGUGUCCUGGUAUAACAGAGCAGCUAGUUCAGGAGGUUGUGCAGCGAAUAGGUGCUCACCAGUUAGUGGACAGCCAAGUCAGACACGCUUUAAGUAAACUUAAGUAACUUUGGGUGCCAAACAAGAUGGAUGCCAGUACCAAAAAUUCUGAUUAGCAGUUCGGCAGCAUGUGUUGCAACCCAAAUCAAGUGUUCUCCCUCCCUGUACAGACUAUCAUCAUCGGGAGCAGUCCAAUCUUAAGUCGGCAGAAAUCCAUGGGAAGAAGGAUGAGGAAUUUGGCUUCUUCAGUUUGACUGAUUUCCCGACUCCCUCCAUAGGAGUGAUAUGGUUGCCUCCAUUUUUAGUUAUGGCCAUUUGUAAAAGUGGCCAUGACGGAUGUUUUUGGCAAAGUGACUUGUGAGUCCAUCAACUGAUUUUGUAAACAUGAGAAAUACUACGGUACCCCAGACUACACCUAUUGCUCCCUGGCCUGUGCUGCAGACUAGAUUUAUCUCAUGGAAUGCCGCCAUGAGUGCUAACUUUUCAAUCAAACUUCAAAAGAUACAGUUUAUAGCUAAUGAGUUUUUGUGCUUUUCUGAUGCGUCUGAUAGAUUUACCUGCCAAAAUCCUAAAGUUUGCAAUGGUGUGUUUUCACAAUACCUGUGAGCUAUGGUGUGAGUGCACACUUUCCUAUCCAUUGGAUAUUUUUUAGAAAAUGACUGUUCCUGAGAGCAAUUGAGCUCGUAAAGAGUCAAAGCUGGCCUCAGUAGACGGAGCUUUGUCAAAGCAAGCCUAUUUUCCAAUUCCUUAUUUUCUAAAUAGUUUCUUUCAAGGGGAUGAAACAAUGGGAACACUAUUUCUCUGAAAGCUCUAACAGAAGUUUCUAUUUCUGAUGGGUUGAAUAGAACCAUGUCUUCCGACUUCGUUUGUUGUUGGGACAGCUCGUUUUGUUUUUAUCAAUUUUGGGGAAAGCUUUAAUUCCAAAUCUGCACAGUUCAGUUCAAUGUGAUUUCUGUAUCGUAUGAGACAUUUGGUUGAAAGCGGGAAUGGGUUGUGGUAGUCAGGAGCAGAUGGCUUGAACCUUUUAAGGACUGCAGGCUACAUCAGUUGCUACACUUAAGAGUAGAUCACAGGAGCUGUCUGAAAAAUUUGGAAUUGUCAUAACCUGUUGACAUGACCAUUUAUUGAAGCCCUUGUUUUUGGAGAGUAUAAAGCCAAGGUGUGGAUAAUGUGGAAGGUACACAUUGACAUACGGGUAUCUGCAGAUACUGAUCUGCCUGGAUUUUGGUUUUCCCCUUGUACUGGAGACCAGUAUCGUCUAUUCCAUUCUUUGGCGUGUUAUCACAGAUUGUAUCAUCGACUCUGAUCCAAUCCUAGCUGGCCUUGAAUUCCCAUGUCUUCGUAUACCACAGGGUGUUGAAUAUACUCUUGUUUUGAAUUGAAAUAUUCCAGAAAAAAAGGAAGCUUUACACUAAUGCAAAAUAGAAUAGAACUUUAAAACUAACAAGACUAUUUUGUAACACUCUGUACAUUAUGCAGAAAUGUAAUGUGAAUUUGACAACUUUGAUUGGACUGGAGUAAGGGUGACAUGUGUAUAUUGUGUAGAUAGUUCUGUUAAUUGAUGAUGUAAUUAAAUAGAGAAACUGAUAUUGUUACGAGACAGAUAUGCAGCAAAUGUAAUGUAAAAUGUUCUUUUUGCCUGGUUAAGUGUAAUUCAUAACCCCGGUUGGCCAGUUGAUGAUCAUAUUCAAAUAUUGGCUAGAAAGUUAUUUUCCUAGUCUUUCCUUGUCCUUUGCCUGUAGGUGGAUUUUCCCCUUUGUGCCAGUGUUACUACUAACGCUGAUUGAGCAGCCGGGCCCUGGACUGUAGGAAAAUACAUCCAGCGAUAUUUUCCUUACCGGGGCAUUUCAAAAGUGUGCUUGGUAAAGUAUAUCAUAGGGAGCUUGCCUUUUCAUUGAUAACCUUUCUGUUUCCCUUUCGUGCCUGAAAAAUUAAGCACUGGUUCAAAUUUAUGUUUGACACUGUCAAGUAAAUAAGAGGAAUAUGGAUAUGUCUAUGGCCUUCGUUCUAAAACUGAUCAGGAACUCCCCUUGUUUCGGGUCUAAAGUAUAGUUAUUAUCAUUGUUUUAGUUUUAUUGUUAAUACAGACAAUUUCCCACUGAGGGUUCAGAGAAUUUGGAUAAAUGAGCAAUCUUGAUAUUUUCAAUCAAUUGUUUGACAAAAAGUUGUGAGGUUGGACACCAUGUUGAAAGGAUUUUAAGUUGAUAAGACUCAUUACAACUUGUCCCAAACUGAAAACAGUUCAGUCCUCUUUAUGAAAGUGUGUUUCAACAAAUCAAAAAUUCCCAUUUGACGUAUCUGUAGCGAUUUUGUGUUUCACCGUUGUAGGAUUUCAGCAUACGUCGUGUGUAAAAUCGAUUCGGAUACCUCAUACUUGAGCCAUUUUUGAUUUGUCGAACAUUGUCAAACAAGCUUGCAAUGUGUUGUGAUGUUCUGUACAUAAAACAAGACACAAUGAGUAAAAUUGUGGCCAAAAUGGUUGCAGCGUCUGCAGUGAUCAACCUGAGUUGGGGGCCACUCUUUAAGUAUGUUGCCCGCAUGUUCUGAGGCUGCCUGAAGCCUAUCAUAGCCAAGUAAAACAUCACAGUCGCUGUUACUCCUGGUUUUGAGUUUUUCUCAAAAUAAAAAGUUGAAAGAAUGAUGCAAUCUGAAUACCAUAUCUCAAGCGCAUUCACGUACAUACUUACAGGGUGGACCGAAAGUGUUAGGUUGUUGUUAUUUUUGUGUAUAUUAUGAUGUUUGGUAAUUGCAGUGAUUUUACAUUUAAUUAUGGUCAUAGUUAGUAGAGAUCAAUUGAACGAUAUAUAAAGCCAUAUCAUUAUUUUGUUUGACCCUGUAAUAUUUGAUUGAAGCCCAUUCACCAAUUUGCAGGGAUAACUUCUGAUCAACUGAGUCAGCAUUGUUAUACCUUAGAUAGUGUGACGUUAUCUCCUCUUCAGCACCAUCCAAUGGAAAUGAAGAAGCCGUUACAUAAAAGGAGAGGUUGAAACGCCCCGAUCAAAAUCCUUUCUUACGUAUUUGAAACAUUUUAAUCAAUACUGAAUCGUCCCUCUUAACUUUGGAAUUUCCGAAAAAAAUCAUGUAACAUGCUCGUUUUUGAACAGCUGUUGGAGUGAUAGUCUGUGUCAGUUAGAAAAUUGCUUCAAUGUGUCAGAUUUGGUUUCAAUACAUUGCACGUAUGCUAUUUAUUGCAAGUUGAAAAAGCAUAAAGGAUCACUAGGACUUUAUAAUUAGCAAGUUACCGUAUUGGCCCUUCGUGCAUGUGACACACAUGCCGAUUGUAUAGUAAAUAAAAUAUGAACAUUGUGAAUAUUGUAAAAACGUACCACCAUUUCUAUCAUGUGUGGUUUACCCUUAACUGGAUGCGAGAAUAUACACUGCACUGUAGAUAAUGUACAGAUAGCAUGCGUCUGGUUUGGGUGGCCAUAUUUGCUUACAUAUCAUUUUCGACUGCGAUCAGGGGUUGAUCAAACAACUUUAGUUUAGCAAAUUAUCUUAACCCUGUUAAGUUGGAUCCUGUAGUUGUGAGUGUAUACAUACGACAUGUGGUGGCACCAGGUGGGGAGUAGGGACAUCAUCCUCCUGGCCACCAAAAUCCUGUGCCCAAGUUGUACGUUUAAAGCAUGAACAUUUUCAGUGUUUUCAGAAUGUUCCUAAGACAGAACUUGCUGACUCUUAUGUACAUUUGCUUAUGGUCACUACAUGUGAAGUGCUGAGUUGAAGUGCUGAGUUGAAUUGGAACCUGUAUUGUAUAUGACUGUGUUAGCAUAUGAAAUGCUAUCUGAUCUCAAUGUGACUAUUGCUGACUGUGCUACUUGGUCAAAGUGUGAUCUCAACUUCAAUGUAAUAGUUUCUUGAAGUUGGUUGUAUACUGAAGUGAAAUGGGCUUGAAUAUCGAGAUAUUUAUUUGCAAAUGCUUGGCGCAGUCCCUUUUACGACCCCUACUACUUCUUUGAUAUGUUUAAAAAAAUAUCCUUUCAAGUGAUGCAAAACGAGGCGUAUUUUUCUGAACCAUGCACUUCCUGUCAUCUUUCUGUGGGAAUUUAACUAACUUGAUAGUACCUUAACAGUACAUUUGUGUAGGUGGGGGUACUCGGAUUAAUUUCCUAUUCGACCAUUCUAAACCUUACUAAUUGAGCCCCUGUGUACAGAUCCCCUCCCUGUCCAGCUUAUAUUCUAAUCCCUGUAAAUUAAGAGUUUGAACCCUGUAUCAUUUCAAUAUGUAAACAGUAUAUUGACAGUAAAAACAUGUACUGUGUACUUUCUUGUAACUGAAUUUCAUGAUCAAGAAACAAAUAAAAGAGAAGUACAGUUCA